AUGAAGGUGGCUUUCGAGUGCAUUGCGGAUGCGGUGCGUCGCACUCGUGGGUGUAUGAUCUCCAACGCCAUUGAAGCUCGCUUUGUUCCCGGUAUGGGUGUAGGAAUUGUGGCAUGUGACCAUAUUCCAAAGAAUACGGUGGUAUUCCAGGCUGGUUACGACGCCUGGUAUCCAUUUUCAGCAGAGUAUGCUCUAGAGACGGCACAGCAGAAAGCUCCAGGCUUUUUUCAGCAAUGGAAUCAGCUACUGGAAUCAAACAGGUCGCUUAGGAAUGGAUCGCUCUUUGUACCCAGUGCACUCGUGCUAGGGGUUCACAUGCUGGUGAAUUUUCCACAUGCGGAAGAUCCACAUGCGACGCUGAAGGCCAUUGCAAAUGUUGAGACCCCAUCGCUAGACAAGCUAUAUGUAAAUGCACUGCCACGCUCUGUAGAUCUGCCAUUGCUGUGGAAUGACAGGCAAUUUGAAGAGCUGCAAGGGUGUAUAGAGGCGCGCCGGGCAAUGCAGCACGGAAAGCGCUUUUAUAUGCAAAUGUAUCACUACUUCUUUGGCAGCAACAAUCAGCUCGUGAAUCCAAAAGCAUUCUUCUGGGCCAUCUCGAUCCUAAUGUCACGCGCAACGUCCGGCCAGAAUCAACCGUUGACGCUUGUCCCUUUCUUUGACUGGUUUAAUCACGCUGACAACGGGGACGAGUGCGUGCAGGAAUUUGACCCCCAAAAGGGUUUUACAGUACAUACCACAAAGUCCUAUAAACCGGGCGAACAGCUAUUCAUUAGUUAUGGCAACCAUGGGAACCUUCGGCUUCUUCGCAAUUACGGGUUCACAAUUCCUGCCAACCCGUACGAUGUCAUCAAUCUUCCCAUGCCAGGACUGCUGCAACGGCCAGACUUGGCAGACCCUGCUUUCUCUCAGAAGCGAGAGUUAUUCUUAGCUGCUGCUGGUAGUCAAGCAGACGUACCAGCUCUCAAAAGCUUAACGAUCCAGAACAAUGGAAAUCUUGACCCAAACGCAAAGCAUUGGCUGGAGAUAAUGCUCGCUACACCGGACGAGUUGAGUGAGAUUUUGAGACAAGCAGCAAUGCGACCGACAACAGGAGCAGAGUUGACCUCAUCGCUUCGGAUUCCUUCGUCGUUGACGCGUAAAGUCAAUGCUGAAGUUCGAAACCUGGUGACAAGACGAAUGAAGGAGCACUGUUCUACAUUCGAGGAAGACGACGCAUUUCUUCGUGCCAACGAGCAGCAAAUGACGCCGUGGCUACGAUCAUGCCUCCACCUUCGAAUGAGCGAAAAACAAACGCUGAUUCGAGCAGCGGCUAAAUAUUCUCGAUAA